AUGCUGCUCAGCCGCUACGACACCAAGCGCGUCGAGGGCGCCUACCGAGCAUCCCAGACGGUGCUCAUCGUCGAGGACCUCUUCACCAGCGGCGCCUCCGUGCUCGAGACCGUGGGCCCGCUCCGCGCCGAGGGGCUCGUGGUCGCCGACGCCGUCGUCGUCAUCGACCGCGAGCAAGGUGGGCGGGAGAACCUCGCCGCUAACGGGGUCGCGCUGCACUCGCUCAUGACCCUCACGGAGAUGCUCGCCGUGUUGGUGAGGCACGGGAGGGUGGGCGAGGAGAAGGUCGCCGAGGUCAGGCGGUUCCUCGACGCCAACAGGAAGGUGGCGGUGCCCGGCGUGCCUGCUGGACCGCCCAAGCCGUCGGCUGCUACUGCUAGGAGGAAGUCCUUUGCGGAGAGGGCCGGGUUGGCCACGAACCCCAUGGGGAGGAAGCUGUUCGAGGUUGGUCCAGAGAUUUGUAUGUUGAAAACUCAUGUUGAUAUCUUGUCUGAUUUUACACCGGAUUUUGGGGCCAAGCUUCGCACACUGCUAAUAGCUCAUACAUGUGUUGCUCACAGUAACUAUUGUGUUCUGGCAUUGAAGGGUUUGCCUAAAGGAAGGGGCCUAUUUUUGCUCGCUGAAAUGAGCUCAGCUGGCAACCUUGCUUAUGGAGAUUACACUGCUGCGGCUGUAAAGAUUGCCGAGCAAUAUCCUGACUUUGUAAUAGGAUUUAUAUCAGUAAAUCCUGCAUCUUGGUCACCAGCACCGUCGAGCCCAGCAUUUAUCCAUGCCACUCCUGGAGUUCAGAUGGCUGCUGGAGGAGAUGCCCUUGGGCAACAAUAUGACACUCCCUUUUCUGUAACUGUGCUUUUGCCAUUCAAUUCUCGUUGCUGUGGUGUUUUGUUCAGAAAUCUUCAAAAUUAUUAUAUAUCUUCAAAAUUGCUAGGUUAG